AUGGCAUGCGUUGAGAUCUCCAGCCCUGGAAGGCGCGCAUUUAAUGAGUCUUCCUCUGUUCACUCCUCGCGUCCCCAGUCAGGCUUGCGACACUUGCUCCAGGCACCUGUGCGAGCCCCGUCUCCUUCGCCUGUGAAACGGCCCACCGGGCAGUCCACUCCAUCUACUCAGGGUCCUGAACUGCCUCAACGUUCCUCCUCGAGCCGUCGUAAAGCAUUGCCGCAACCAAUCUUUCCGUCUCUCCCGCGCUCUCCGCCAUCAUCUCCAACUAAACGGUUUCUCUCUCUUGCGACGCUUACUCCGUCCCCAUGGAAACCCAGAGGAGAGGCUAAUGUUCAGGUAUCACCAAGUCGUAAAGGAAGAGGCAUUCCGCCUCGUCUAUAUCCCUAUCUAGAAGUGCAGAAACGUGCCAUCCUGAAAGCCCUGCGCAACCCUCCGGAAAUCGAAGAGGAAGCAGGCACAGAGCUCGAGGACGAUGGCCCCUCUACCAACUCUAUUGCGUAUGAGCAGCUUAGCGAUCUCCUCAAGGGCACUGUAGUGCGAGGAGAAGGCAACAGCUGCCUGCUCAUCGGGCCACGCGGGAGUGGGAAAACGAGAAUAGUCGAAAAGGCGAUCACUGCCUUGCCCGACAACCCGAUCGUGAUCCGUCUCUCUGGCCAUGCGCAACAGAACGAUCGAGUUGCGAUACGCGAGAUCGCUCGUCAAUUGACACAGCAGACGGGGUCCUCGUUCUUGCAGACUGAGGAGGACAAGCUAACGGACGAUGCAUUCAACGACCCGGAGGACCCGUUCAUUGACCGCCCAGAGGUCGCAACAGAUACCACACUCUCCAUCGCCCUCCCACCACCAGCACAUCUGCUCGCUCUCAUCUCCAUGAUACCCACCCUAACCCGCGCGACGAUUGUCGUGAUCGAUGGGUUUGACCAAUUCGCCACCCACGCGCGACAAUCUUUGCUAUACUGCCUCCUAGACACUGCACAGAGCUGCAGGGCAGCCAAGGGGAACAAGGGCCUCGCGAUCAUUGGCGUGACGACGCGUGUGGACACGAUCAACCUCCUCGAGAAACGGGUCAAGAGCCGGUUCUCAGGACGUAUGUUGCGCACGGCGUGCCCUUGCCGGGUGGAGGAUUGGCUUAGGGUUAGCCGCUCGAUGUUGACUGCUCCCAUAGAGACGGAGGCGGAUGAUGAAUGGAAUGGUCUGUGGGCAACUACCGUGGACAGAUUCUUGAAACGCGAUGCUGUGGUGGAUGUCCUCAGGGAUACGUUCGAGCUGACCCGCGAUGUGCGAACACUCUGUCGUAUACUUACACCUGUAGUGGUUGAGCUGUCACCAGAAGCACCCACUCUUUCUGCGUCUACACUCGAUUCAGCCGCUGGCAUCCAACGUUGCCCUUCAAGGUUCCCUUUCCUUCCAGCUCUCUCAUAUCCAGCUCUUUCUUUGUUGGUCGCUGCGAUGCACGCACAGACCUCCGGCCACGAUGCAUUCACAUUUGAAAUGCUGCAUGAAAGCUUCCGCGACCAGGUUCGCACCUCGCUGUCUGCGCCGGUCCAGGUCGAUGGCGGCAGUGUUGGUAUGCUGCAAUGCAGCCGGAACGCUUUCGAGCAUUUGGUCUCCCUGCGAGCAUUUGUAGCGGCGACACCUUCGACAAGCACAUCGAGAGAGUUUGUGCUCUAUAGGUGUGCCAUUGACAGAUUCGACGUCAAAACAGCAGUAGAUCAGUCGCACCAAACCUUGAAGAAAUGGCUCAACAAGGCACAAUAG